AUAUAACAUUCGAUCAAAUUUUCAUGAAGGAAGAUUACUGCUGAGAAAAAGGUAAUGCAUGAUUUAAAGACAGGAAAUUCAUAGUAACCAUCUAGCUUAAUAAAUUUGUUGUUAGAGAUAUGGUGUUGCAUUUUUUAGGAUCGGUGCUGGAGCAUUUCCCAUUUCCCAUUUCUAUCUCUACAUGCAUUCACGGCCGGCGAUGGCCUCCGUGAUGUCCGGCCCAAAGAUCUCAUCGUCUGACACCACCGGCUCCACCAAAUCGAGGAAACCAACGCAGGAAGAGGAAGAAGAACGCGGCCAGUUCGCCCAUGACGAUCUCACCCCCACACUCUCCCUUGCGGCAUCCGCCAUCUCUCUCUCCCUCCUCUUCCUUUCUGAUGGCAGCCGCGGUGAUUUCAGCGGUGAUCUUCUCCUCCUCCCCUCCCAAGCCUUAACCCUAGAGUCCUCUGUUCACUCCGCCGCCGCCUCUCUCGCCCGUCUCCUCACCCUUCUCCGCCGCUCUCCCAAAACCCUAACCCUAAAUUGCCCCUCUCCCACCACUUCAUUAUCUCCCCGACCCUCCUGGUUCAUCCGCUUCCUCUCUUCCUCCCCUUACCAGGGCGAUCAGCGAUGGCUGGAAAACUUUCGAAUGUCAAAACCCUCCUUUUAUUUCCUCCUCCAAACCCUCGCCCCUUCCCUAAACUCCUCCGCCUCCGCCGCCCCCUCCGGUGUUGUUUCUAUCCCACCUGAACACAAGCUCGGCGCUGCCCUCUUCCAUCUCGCCCACGCCGCCCCUUUUCGCUCCGUCGCUCGCCGAUUCGGCCUCCCUUCCCCGGAUCUCGCCUGCCGCGCCUUUUACGAAGUCUGCAAGGCUGUCGCCGACCAACUCGGUCACCUCUUCGAGCUCUCCUCCGAUCUCAAUCGCGUCCUCCAAGGAUUCCACUGGAUGUCCCUCCCCAAUUGCUGUGGCUCCCUUGGCUUCUCCUGCUUCUGCUCCUCCGUAAUCGCGCAGGCCCUGGUCGACACCGAAGGAAGAUUCCUUGACGUCUCCGUCGGAUGGCGGGCCUCCAUGCACCCUGCUGAGAUCCUCCCCCGUACAAAGCUCCACUCCUCGCAAGCCAUCGUCCUCGCUUGCGGCCCGCCUCUCCAGCUCAAUGGUGUCGGUUCGUCAAUCCCACGGUACUUCCUCGGCGGCUCCUGCUGCGCUCUGCUUCCAUGGCUGCUCACACCUUUCAGCGCUGCUGAUGAACUAAGCGGCGCCACCGCCGCCGUUUAUAAUGCCGUCCAUGCCCGUGGGAUGGAGCUUGUUCGCAAGGCUUUUGCAAGGCUCCGAGCGAGGUGGCAGUUGCUGCGCGGGGCUUGGAACGAUGAGUGUGCGCAAGCCCUGCCCUUUGUCAUCGUUUCAGCUUGUCUUCUCCAUAACUAUCUGAUCAAGUGCAGUGAGCCUGUGCCUGAGGAAAGCGAGUUGGGAAAGGAGGUGGCGGAUGGGUUCCCGGAGUUUGAGGGGAAGGGGGAUAAGGCUGGGGAGAGGAUAAGGUGUGUUCUGGCAUCACACCUUAGCAAGGUUAUUAAUCCAUGAAGGAAAGAACUGAAUGAAUAAUGGCAUAAUAAUGGCUCGUAAGUCUUUGAUGUAUUUAGUUGAUGCGAAGCUGGAGCAGUUUUCAUGAGAAAUAAAGUUGGAUCUCAAAGCCGAUGCUUUGGAACAUGGUCGCCUGCAAGUUGCCUUUCUUUCCUUUUUUUUUUUUUUUUUUUUUUUUUUCUUGAUCUUUUUCUUUUAAGUGGGGGGAAGGUGAUUGCUGCCUUUUUCAGCUGAAGGAUUCAACUUAUGACUCUUGUAUAUUUUUUUUAAUUAUUUAAUAAGUAUCUUGUUUAUAUAUA